AUGGCUGGCCGCAUGGACUUGGAAGCGCGUCUUCGGGCCUUGCGCGAAGGCAAGCGACCUCCAGCGUCCCCACCAGCUCCACCUCCACCUGUACCUACCGCCGCAUCUUUUUCAUGGCCCGAAGUUCCUUCCAACCCCGUGAAGAAUGAAAUCCCCGUGCGUCAGCGUGUUCCAGUCGCUGUGGGCGGCGAAUACCAGCCCGUACGUCGCGUUUCCGCGAGUUUCUCGGCUGAUCCACCUGUUACUAUUAUUGGCCGCUCAUCGUCGGACGAUUCCGCGCCUUCAGCGAGCUUUUCGACGCCUGUGGUACCUCCGAAAGUGGAAGAACCAGCUCCUGGUCAGGAAGAAGUGCUGCGACUCACAGCAGCGCAAUUACUGGGCCCUGACUACGAAGAGGCCGUGAAAGUGGCUCAAUACGCCAUCGAUAAUGAGCGCAGGCAAAUGCCACACACAGCUAUUGACGGUUAUAUCCGAGCGGGGCAGAUGCUCAUCGAGAUUGGCAGACGACAAGCAGCGCCGCAUCUACAGGACAUUGUCAAGGCCAAAGCUCUAGAUCUGCUGCAACGGGCUGAAGGCCUGUCCGAGUGGACGAAUGAGGUGCUGGCAAAGGACUCGAGUCAGCAGGCGCUGGCUGCAGCGUAUCAUCAGUCGCAGCAGAACCGCUACAGGUCGUUAACAGAGAAACAGGAGCUGGUGUCCAAGAUGCAGCAGGACAAUCGUAAUAUGAAGGAGAGACUGAACCAACUGGCACUACUGACGAAGAUUCGAGGGCGGAUGAUGAAUGUGGUGAAGAAGAGACGAGCGAGGAAAGCAGCGGAGGCGAGAGAGAGGGAGCAGACGGAGGCAGAGGCCGCAGCACAAAGUACACGAGAUAUCAUGAGUCGUGGGGAUUUCAAUGAUGUGACCGGGGAGAUCGAUGACUAUGAGGAGGAAAGCUAUGGAGGACUGAAUAACGUCUCUGGAUCUGGCUCAGAUGAAGACGGAGAGUCCCAGAAGCCUUACCAGCAUUAUCGCUCGUCACUAUUUCCAUCAACACGCAGUUCACCGCGAGAAACGCAGAAGGUUGACCUUAUCAAUGAGCUACAUGAUCGUAUUGGACUGCCUCAGAUCGACCAUCUCCGCAAGUUUGAGCCCUUAACAAACGACCCGACAGCAGAUAGCAGACAGGAGGAGCUGCAUUCUGAAUUGGAAGCAGCAAAGCAAGAAGCAGACAAGUUGCGAGCGGCAGUGCAGGAGAUGGAGCAGUGUUUACGCCUUGCAGCGCAGCACUCGAAGCAGCGCUCGAUUAAACUGGAACAGCAGAAGGCGCAGGAGUUCGCGGAAGUGCAGAGCGAGUUGGAUCGUGUGCGUGAAGAGCUUGAGGUCGAGCGACGGCGGUCUGCUACAUUACAGAGUGGUCCAUCCAGCUGGAGAUCUUCAGUGGCCUCUGAUCCUGGUGCGGAUGAGUCCCAGGAGACGGGGGUCAUGAGGCAUCUCCGGUCUUCUCUCCACAAGGUAUUCCGUUCACGCGAUGAACUGUCUGAUGAUGGGGAUGGAGAGCGUAGUCGCCGUGCAUCUGUUCAACGCACUUCGUAUUCACAUGACUCUCCACGGCAUACACCAAAGGCCAAGGAGAAGAAAUCAAUGGCUCAGUAUAUCGAUGUAGACGACGAAGAAGACAUGGAGGAAGACGAAGACGGCGGCGUGUGGCUGUAA